GAUUUAACUUCACCUAGCUUGCUCACAAAUUGGAUAUCUCCAUGCUGGGACACGUUGCUGAUUAAGGUCAACGUCCACAUAUUACAGUGGAGAAAGUCAUGAGAUGCUAGAGUUUGAACACGAUGUAGGCCAACGGAAGUCAGAGGAACUGAAGGAUUUCAUGUAUUCUUCAGGGAAAAUUCUACUCUGGUUGGUGACUUGUUGACUGAUUAAAUGCUUCAAAUGAGAGUCCUGUGUUCAUCAAAGAGCAGAAAACAGGUCAAACUGUCUCUAAAAUCAACAUGUCUCAGCAACACACCGAGGCCACAUCAGCUGACAAGCCUCUUGAGCCACAGAGGCCAGUCUCUCCUGCACCCAGCAAUGUUUCCAUAAAAAGUGACUGGUCCAACCGUGAACCUCCCAACUUUUCUAAGGAAGAUUUGGGGCCUCCUGAGCCACAGAGGCCGGUCUCCCCUGCACCCAGCAAUGUUUCCAUAAAAAGUGACUGGUCCAACCGUGAACCUCCCAACUUUUCUAAGGAAGAUAUGGGAGCUUCCAUGAAGACUGGCCAGGAUAGGCGUAGCCACAGCAAAGCCUUGAAGAAAAGAGUACGCCAGCAUCUUCGUCAGCAUGAAAAGGAACUGAGAACACUUGAACCUGACACAGAAAUAUACGAUGUAUCAGCUGGUGAAAGCAAGAAUGCUAAACCACAAACCUUUAAUGCAUUAUUUUCUGAGAAAAAAGUGCGAACAGUGUUAAUGAAGGGAGUGGCUGGUGUUGGUAAAACCGUUCAAACAAGGCUGUUCAUGGUAGACUGGGCAAAAAAAUAUUCCAACAAAGAAAUAGACUUGAUAGUGUCACUUAAGUUUAGCGAGCUGAAUUCAAGAAGGGACAAAGUUGAAAGCAUGACAGAUCUGCUUCAUCAUUCCCUCAAUAAUGAUAAACACAGGGUUUACAAGUACGAAGAGUCUAAAGUAGCUUUUGUUCUUGAUGGCUUGGAAGAAUGUGCCCUUUCUCUGGAUUUUGCAAAGAACGAGGACCUGACUGAUAUGGAAAAGCCAGCCUCGAUGGAUGUGCUGCUGACAAACCUCAUCAAGGGAAAUUUGCUUCCCUCUGCUUGUCUCUGGAUCAUCUCUCGACCUUCAGGAGUUGAUAAGAUUCCUCCUGAGUACAUUGAUAAAUUGACAGAAUGUCGAGAGACCUCGAAGAGACGGGAGAAACUGGUGUCAGCCCUGAGAAAAAGAUUUCUUAAAGAAACCACUCAAGAUGAAGACACAAACCAUCCUAACCAGAAAAACACAGAACACAUCAUGCGAGAAGACAAAAGUGGUGAGGUCAAUGAUAGAGAGAAAGAUGGAUGCACUGCGGCAAAAUCAGUAAUACAAGUGAAUGCAGUAUCUGAGAUCUUCAAAGGUACAAAAGGACAAAAAAUCAGAACUGUGCUGACUACCGGAGAAGCUGGAAUUGGAAAAUCCUUCCAUGUGCAGAAAUUUAUAAAAGAGUGGGCUAAAAAGGACAAUACAUCAAUUUUUACUUGGUUGAUUGAUGCAGCAAAGGAAAAGCUAUGGGGCAAAGAAGAAGAAGUUUUAUUUCCACUUAACUUCUCCAAGCUUAAUUUGAUAAAAGAGACAAAAGUCAGUUUGGUGGGACUGCUUAAUCAUUUCUUUAUAGAAACUAAAGAAUUUGUAAUCUCUAACUUUGAACAGACCAAAAUUUUGUUUGUCUUUGAUGGACUGGAUGCGUAUCAACCUCCUCUUGACUUUGACAACAAAACCACAUUGACUGAUGUCAGGGAGCCAGCUUCAGUGGAUGUGCUGCUGACUAGCCUCAUCAGAGGAACCCUGCUUCCCUCUGCCCGGCUCUGGAUAACCUCCCGACUGAAGCUGCCUCAAACGUGUGUCAACAGGAUGACAGAAAUACGAUGUAAACCUGAUGUUGCAAGUCAAGGGAUGCUCAAAUUUCAGCUGACAGAUGAAUUUACCCACGUGACUGAGGGGAUUGAUAUGCAGAAAAGUUUCGCUGUUCUGAAAGAGAUCUACACAGAUGUCUACAUCAUAGAGGGAGAGAGGGGAGAGGUCAAUGUUAAAAAUGAGAUCAGACAAGUUCAAGACGCAAAAUUCAAACCAGCAGAACAAGAAACAUCGAUUAAAUAUCAUAACAUCUUCAAACCUGCAUCUGAAAAAAGUAUGCCCAUUCGAACAGUGCUGACGAUUGGAUUGGCAGGCAUUGGAAAGUCGUUUGCUACCAAGAAGUACAUGCUGGACUGGGCUGAGGGUACGGCAAAUGGGGACGUAUUUUAUAUGUUUCCACUUUCUUUCCGGGAGCUGAAUUUGAGAAAAGACGAAAAACACAGUAUGGAGGAACUCAUUCAUCAGUUUUUUCCAGGUAUGAAGACAUCAGAAAUAGACGACUAUGACAAAUACAGAAUUCUGAUUGUUCUGGAUGGUCUUGAUGAAUGUCGCCUUGAUCUUGACUUCAGUAAAGUUGAUGAUUGGACAGAUGUGAGAAAGCUGACCUCAGUGAAUGUUUUGCUGACAAAUCUCAUCCAAGGAAAACUACUUCCUAAAGCUCAAAUCUGGAUCACCUCCCGACCUGCAGCCUCCAACCAGAUCCCUUCUGAUAAAGUUGACCGGGUUACAGAGGUGCGAGGAUUCAAUGAUGAGCAGAAGGAGGAAUACUUCAGGAAGAGAUUUAGUGACAAGGAUUUGGCUGAGAAAAUCAUUUCACAUGUCAAGAAAUCAAGAAGUCUUUACAUCAUGUGUCAUAUCCCUGUUUUCUGUUGGAUCACUGCAAAAGUUCUGGAAGACUUCAUGGACACAAAAGAAGAAGGAAGGAUGCCCAAGACCCUGACUGACAUGUACAUAUACUUCCUUGAGUUACAAUGCAGACAGGCUAAUGUAAAGUAUGGUGCAGAUGAGAUGGGUGACAGUUCUGAGACAAAUUCAUGCUGGAAUACAAGAAACAAGAAAACUAUCGUGUCUCUGGGGCAACUGGCUUUUGAGGGGCUAGAGAAAGGAAAACUUCUCUUCACUGAAGACAACUUGAAAGACUGUGGUCUUGACAUCACAAACACUGCCGUCUUCUCUGGAUUAUUCACUCAGAUCAAACGAGAAGGAUGUGGGCUGUACCCACAGAAAUUGUUCUGCUUUGUCCACUUGAGCAUUCAAGAGUUCCUGGCAGCCUUUUAUGUCUUUCACACAUUCAAUAACACAAGUGAAAAUCUGUUUAGCAAGCCCUCUUCAGCAGUUGGAGACUUGCGUGCAUUUGACUUCUACAAGACAGCAGUGGACAAGGCUUUAGAUUGCAAGAAUGGAAACUGGGAUCUGUUUCUCCGCUUUCUGCUCGGCCUCUCUCUGGAAAUUAAUCAGAAUCUACUGAAAGAGCUGCUGAGGAAAACAGAAAAAGACAAGGAGACCAACAAGGAAACCAUUGAGUAUAUAAAAGAAAAGAUUAGGGAAGAGAACAGUGAUGCUGAUAAAAAUUGCAAUCUUUUCUACUGUCUGAAUGUGAACGAACACUCUCUUGUAGAAGAAGUGAAAAAGUACCUGCAAUCAGAAACACACACAUUUGAAAACUUCUCCGCCUCCCAGUGGUCCGCUCACUUUGUGCUGCUGACAUCAGAUGAGAAGCUUGAUGUGUUUGAUUUGAAAAAGUACCUGAAAUCAGAGAAAGUUCUUCUCGGAAUGUUGCCGGUGGUCAAAGUCUCCAAAACUGCUUUACUGAGUUGGUGUGAGCUCUCUGAGAAAUCCUGCAGUGGCCUGUCUUCCAAAGUCCUCAGCUCCGCAUCCUGUAAUCUCACAGAGCUGGACCUGAGUCACAACGACCUGCUGGAUUCAGGUGUGCAGGCGCUUGUUGAUGGCCUACAGAGUACACACUGUAAACUGGAGAAUCUCAAUCUUUCAGGUUGUCAGGUGACAGAGAAAGGCUGCUCAUUUCUGGCCUCAGCUCUCAAGUCCAAACCAACCUCCUCCCUGAAACAGCUGGAUCUGAGUUACAACCACCCAGGACCAGAGGGGGCAAAAAUGCUCUCUGAUAUAGCUGCUGAUCCAAAUACGAGCCUGAAGAAACUCUGCCUGGACUACGGUGGGGAGCAUUGGUUAAAGCCAGGGCUGAAGAAGUAUGAUGCAGAUCUGAAGCUUAAUGAAAAACACAGCAGGCAGAAGGGGCUGACAGGCCUGGGCUACUGGGAGAUAGAGUGGAAAGGGGAUGUUGGCAUCGCAGUGGCAUAUGAAGCAGUGGGGAGAGGCUGGGAUAGCAGUGGUGGCCUGGGAUGCAACGAGAUGUCCUGGAGCCUGCUCUGCUCAAAGACAGGAUACAUUGCCAGACAUGGGAAGACAUCCAAACAUAUUCAAGUGCCCGUUUGCCCCAAAAUAGCAGUCUUUCUGGAUUGGGAAAGUGGUACGCUGACCUACUACAAUGUUGAAAAGGAAGAGCUGAGGCUAAUACACACCUUCCAUGCCAAAUUCACAGAACCCGUCUUCCCAUGCUUCUGGUUUAAGAAUGGCUCUGUGACUUUGUGUAAGAUAGACAAUACCCUCUCAGAUGGGGGACAAGUGCACUGUGAUGCUCUACCAGGAGCAGUUGAGUAA